AUGGGCUCAUCAAUGCUCUCCGAUCUGGAAUGGGCUCGCGUACGACAGCAGAUAGAGUACACGCUAGCCGAGCUCAAACUGGAGGCACGUGACCGUGGGUGGGCUGCGCCAGUGGCGGAGGAAACCCCACUCGCGGAUUCAGGCGCGACAGCGCGGUCGGCGUCGGAGGGCGUUGCCCCUCGGUGCUCGGCGGCAGGAGAGCAAGUCGAGGAUCUCGGGGGAGCUUCGGAGGCCAGCAGUGAGGCUUCUCUCAGGGUGGCGUUGACUGUGACGAGGAAACCGAAGUCGGAGCUAAGGCCGGACGACGAGGAGCCGAGGGCGGGAAAGGAACUCGGCAGACCUCGUAGCUGCUGGAUGGUCUUCUCGUUGACUCAAAAGGAGAUGACGACCGCUGGCGGCGCGACAAGGAAGGGGAAGACGAAGGAGGAGGUUGGCGGCGGCAUGUUUCUUCUCCACUCAACCCUAGGGUGCUCCACAAAGCAGCCAACUCCAAUUGGGAUGUCUGUUGCUCGUACUAAUGGGCCCAAUCAAGUGGGUCACUUUUUGGAAGAAGGCAGGCAAAGAAGUGGGUUGGAUUCUCUUUGCUCCUAG